CCACAUUUCACAAACAAGAUGACAACAAACCAUAGAGCUUGAAAUCGAUUAAGUGAAAACGAAAGAAAGAAAGAAAGAAUAGAUAGUAGUGAUGAGUGGAGAGGAAGAUUGGAGGAAAACGGCAGACACACACAAGAUGAGCUCAGAACAAGUGAAAGCAGCAGGUGUUGAAGGAUCAAAGGGAAAAGGUGGGAAUGUUCUUCACCAAAGAAGAUCACUACCUUUCAGUUUGAGCACAAUGGCAGUGGCAGGAUUACUCAUAACGGGUGCUGUUAGUUACUUUGUUUUGUAUGUCAAGAAGAAACCAGAGGCCACAGCUACCGAUGUCGCUAAGGUCAAUGUUGGACUUGCAAAACCUGAGGACACACACCCAAAGAAAUAGCUACUUAUAUAUUUUUCUUUUCUUUUUUUUUUUUGUGAAUGUAUGCUGAACUAGCUAUACUAGUCCGUUGCCAUUUCUUGAGGACUUUCUUACC